AUGAGCCUUGCGGACAUGUCAAACAGAGUCAGAACGCCGCCCUCCUAUGAUCGCGACUACUCCCGAGCUGUGGUGUCUCUUCUACCUGCCUGUACCGGAAAAUUGGCUCCGGAUGAUGCCCUGUCGAUCCGCUCUAGGGAAACAGCUUUAUGGGAAAAGUUACUGGAGUCUCAGUCUCAGCCAGAAUCUCCAGAUGUGGACCACACUGUGCACACUAUUCCUUCUUACGACGGUCAGACUAUUACUAUACACCGGUUCUCAAAGAAAAUCACCGAUAAUCCCAAAUCAGGCCCUGCAAUCGUACACGCUCAUGGCGGAGGCAUGAUUACGGGUAGCGUCAACUGGUUCCAAAAGUAUAUAGUGGACAUGGUGCAAAGGACCGGGGUGCAAAUCUUCUCCGUGGAAUACCGACUUUCCCCUGAACAUCCUUUCCCAACACCCGCAGAAGAUUGUUACGCAGGACUAGUCUGGGCCCACGAGCACGCUGAGCAGUUCGCUAUUGACCGCCGCCGUAUUGGAACAAUGGGCGAAAGCGCAGGUGGAAACCUAGCGGCUAGUAUAACGCUCAUGGCCCGCGACCGUGGCCUUCUUCCACCCAUAGCGAAGCAAAUCCUCGUCUACCCGAUGUUGGACGAUCGGAAUAUUGUUCACAACUCUGCUUUGAAUCCUCUCUUAACGUGGACGACUGAAAGCAACAUUAUCGCUUGGUCUGCUUACCUAGGUGAUCUCUACGGCACAGACCGCGUACCCCAGUACGCAGCUCCAUCCCGAUCAGAUAUUGUUGAGGGUUUACCACCUACAUACAUUGAGGUUGGUACACUGGAUAUCUUUCGCGACGAGGCACUGGACUACGCGGCCCGCAUAGCAGAAGUCAACAUCGAAGUGGAGCUUCAUGUCUACCCGGGCCUUCCUCACGGGUUCGAUUUCUCGGCUCCCCUUUGUGGCCCGACACAAAGGGCCCUCGCUGACCGAGAGCGGGCCAUAUCCACUCUGUAG